GUUCACCCACUUCCAUUAGCCCUUCCCUACACGCUAAUCGUUCACGAUUUCCAUAGACGACCAGAUAACGACUACGAAGUAACUCAUACACCCCGAACCCAGCUCCAGCACAGGAAACAUCAAGCUCUAAACAAAUGUCUUUCUACGCAGGAUCUGCAGGCAGUGUCGGUAGCGUUGUGAUGCAGCCUGCUCCCCAGCCGCAAGCAUACACGAUGGCUGUUCCAAUGAUGGCACAACCCAUGGCCCAACAGCCUAUGGCGCCGACACAAGUGAUGCCGACAGCGCCUAUCAUGGCGCCCGCCAUGCAGCCCACCAUGCCAAUGGCACCCGCACCUGCACCCACGAUGCAAGCGAUGCAACCCGUCCAGAUGGCUCCAUCAGCAUAUGCUUAUGCGCCUGUGGCGGCACCUCAGCCAAUGCAGAUGGCUCCUGCUCCCGCUCCCGCUCCCGCCCCCGCCCCGGUGUACUACCAGGCUGUGCAGCCGAUGAUGUACGCCGCUGCUCCUCGACCAGCGGUGUACUCUUAUCCGAUUUACACCCAACCUACCAUUAUCGUCGCAGGGUCAGAUAGAAGCCAUCGACACCGCUCACGGUCUGGCUCGAGCAGAGGGUUUCUCAGUGGCUUGUAGAGAGAAUGACGGAUGCAGACAGUCGGAGAGUUCGGGGGGAAGGAGGGGAGACGAUCGGGUUGCAGUUCUCGGAUUUCGGUUCCAUCGAGCGCUAUCCAAUAGGAGGAAGUGACGUCGUAGAUCGACUCAAUAAAUCAAACCAAACGAAA